AUGACCCUUUCCGAGGCCAUCGCUUCAAAUCCGGGCACAGACACGGUAGAAGAGACCAGUUGGACCGCAGAUGAAGAACGGCACCUUGUUCGCAAGCUCGACAUUCGCAUCUUUCCAGCGAUCAUCGUGCUUUUCAUUCUGAACUUCAUCGACCGCAACAACUUCGCCAAUGCAAGAUUGAAGGGUCUCGAAGCUGAUCUUCAACUGUCAGAUGUCGAAUGCCAAACCUGCAUUAGUAUUUUACUGGUUGGAUAUGUCAGCUGUCAGGUCCCGAGUAAUACGAUUCUGAAUCAAGUCAAGAGGCCUAGCUUGUAUUUGUGCACGUGUGCCGCAUUCUUUCCCGGCUGUCUCUUGCUUUUAAGCAGGUGGUACACAAGAGCAGAGAUGCAACUGAGAGUUACAUUGAUCAAUGCUGAUAAUCUUGCCACCCAAGCAUUUGGUGGGCUCAUUGCUGCUGGCAUUCUGGGUGACAUGGAAGGCGUUCAUGGCAUUCGGGCGUGGAGGUGGCUCUUCAUCAUCGAAGGAGUUCUCACUGUGGGCAUUGCGUUCAUCGCAUACCCGAUCUUGACAGACUACCCUGCUACGACACGCUGGCUCUCGGCUCGACACUUCUUCGUUCCUACAAUCAAACAAGCUCUCGGAUACUCAACAACCAUAACCCUACUUCUCACUGCUCCGCCCUGGAUCUUUGCAAUCCUCGUCUCCCUUCCAAAUGGUUGGCAUGCAGAUCGCUCUGGAGAACGAUACUUUCACUGUCUCUGGCCUGCUAUCGCUUGCUUGGUUGGCUAUGCGAUAUCCAGCUCCAGUGUCAAUAUCGGCGCUCGGUACUUCAGCACCUUUUUGAUGACGACUGGCUACGCAUCUGGUUUCGUUGUGCUUGCUUGGAUCUCGAACACAAUCCCAAGACCUCCGGCCAAGCGAGCUGUGGCGAUCGGGAUGAUCAAUGCUUGUGGUAAUAUCGGGAGCAUACCAGGGAUUUAUAUUUGGCGAAGCAUGGAUGGACCUUACUACAGGGUGCCAUUUUGGAGCUGCUUCGCUAUUCUGGGUUCGGCCUGUGCGGUCGCGUGUGUUCUCAGACAGUAUCUGGCCAGGUUGAAAUCGCAAGCUGGAUCGAGACGAGAAUGGCACGAUUGA